AUGUCUGUUCAGCUGUUCAGUGUGGCCACUUUCACCGCCAAAACUACCACAGUUACAACAACUUCAACAACUACACUUGCCAUAACUGAACCUGCUACAACCAGACUUACUACAGCCACACUUGCUACAACUACACUUACUAAAGCCACACUUACUACAACCACACUUACUACAGCCACACUUACUACAACCACACUUACUACAGCCACACUUACUACAACCACACUUACUACAGCCACACUUACUACAACCACACUUACUACAACCACACUUACUACAGCCACACUUACCACAACCACACUUACUACAACCACACUCACUACAACCAAACUAACCACAACCGGCGUCAAAACAAACAAUCGCAGCAGCAACAACAUCAACUUCAUCUACUAA